UUAUUGGUGGUAGGCUCAAUGAAAUAAUGGGUAUAUAUUUAUUGAGCCUUGAUAGCAAGAGCGGGAAUCAGGUAGAGGUCCGUGGUUCUACCCCAUUGAUCAAAUAAGGCGAUGACAUCCCGUGAAUCUGCCGAAUCUGAAGGAAAGUUUAAUUGGUUCGAAACGAAUCGUGAAGCUGGAGAUUUACAGGAACUCCAAGGCGAAAUGACAUGGUGGGGCCAUCAAUGGGAACAGAUGGCACAAGGGAAUAUUAUUCCCGACAUCACUAAUCGAAACAAUUCAACAGUACCCUAUUGCUACAAAUUCUCACGUAUCCACCUGAUGACGUUUCAGCAGUUCGAAACGAAUCAAAGUAUAUCUGUUGACAAUCAACCACGAAUUCAUGAGAAAAGACAUCUGUUUCUGUUAGAGUAAAUUCAAAUCCUCAUACAAAACUGAGUCAUAUUUAUUGCUUAAAUCUAAGUUAGAAAGAUCUUUAAUUGCACAAUUACUCAUGGGAAUUUUGCCACUCGAAAUUGAAACGGGUAGAUUUAGAAAUGAAAAAUUGGAAAAUAGAAAAUGUACUUUUUGUAAAUCUGGCAACAUUGAGGAUGAGGAACAUUUUAUUUUUCAUUGCACAUUUUAUAAAGAAAUAAGGGAAAAAUGUUUACAAAAUGAAGGAAGAGAAUCAACUGUAGAACUUAAGUUUUAGUAUUUAUUUGAAAAAAUGCCUCGGCAAGCUUCUCAUUUUGUUAAAUUUUGCUAUUUUAAAAGAAGAAAUGCAAUUUACAAUAUUAAAUGAAUUAUACUUGUGUCAAAAAAGAUGUAAUAUUUAUAAACAAAUUUUUUUUUUGUAUUUUACUGUAUCAAAUGAUGUAAACUUACCACUGUAUAUAACAAU